AUGAUUCAAGUCUGCAUGAAAGAUGGCUUGUCAGUGGAGUGGAACUUUCGAAUCAGUGAUGAUAUUCGUGGAUUUCAUUCUGAUCGAACACUUUCUUUCAAUUGGAUUCACGUUCCUGCUCGUCUGGAAAACGAGUUCGAGUACACAACCUAUUGGACUUCAAUCCCUGAAGGAUUCUCUCUUUUAUUGAAUUAUCUUGUCAACACAUUUGAUCUCGAAGUCCAAAAUCUUUAUGUUAGAACUUCAAGAUCUCAUGGAUUUGCUUCACAAUAUUUGGAACCAAUAUGCUCCAGAUUGAUGAAUAUUUACCCAAAAAUCAAAUAUUGCUUCAAACAAGAAGAGGGAAGCGCAAAGCUUACUCAAGAUGAGCUGAACUAUAUUAAUGAAAAUGUUAGGGCUAUCGAACAUUUUCGACGAGGUCUACCGUUGAGAGGAAGCAAUGGAAGAACUUACGAAGAAAUUCACUUAUGA